ACACAACAUGUUUCUAACCCCGAAUUUCCGCUGUUUGUGGCCGAUAUAACCUCUAACUAAAAAUAUUCAACGACUGAUGAUUGAUUUAACUAGAGAAACGUCAGCUGGUCUCAUUUUGCACAAAUCACCCCUUUUCUUACUGCACAAAUUCAUCUAAACUAAAUGUUUUUGAAUGCUUUUUAAGUGGAACUGACUACUUGUCAAAACUAUUAUUUAUAACCUCACCUUGUGUCACUGUGGCAGCAGAUCUAAGAACAAAUAAGCCUCACCUAUAAUUUAUUGCCAAUAAUAAACAUUUAGUCGUAGUUAAUUCCGUGCUUUAUCUUAGCCAGAAACGGACAAAAUGUCCCAUCAAACAGGAAUAAAAGCAAAUGAAGCUCUAAAAAAGUUCUUCUCGAAGUGUAAAGAUGGGAAAAUUCGGGUAUUUAAAAUCGCAAUAGAAGAGGAGCAGCUGGUGUUGAAAGAUCAGCACAAUGAGAAGCACAAUUGGGAGAAAGACUACAGCAAAUACGUGGUUCCAUUAAUCGAAGAAAAUCAGCCGUGCUACAUCUUAUAUAGACUGGAUAGUAAAAGUUCGCUUGGAUAUGAAUGGCUGUUUAUUAGCUGGUCGCCAGACACUGCCCCUAUUCGCCAAAAAAUGCUUUACGCCUCCACUAAAGCCACUUUGAAGCAGGAGUUUGGUUCAUCCCAAAUCAAGGAGGAGCUGCAUGGUACUGUGCUGUCGGAAAUUACGCUCGAGGGCUAUAAAAAGCAUAAAAAGGAUGUGGCUGCUCCCGCUCCACUAUCAAUGCGGGAAGAAGAGUUACAGGAAAUAAAGAAAACCGAAGUUAACACAGAAAUUAACAUUAAUAGCAAACAGCAGACUCUGGGAGGCAUAGAGUUCCCUUUAACCGAGAGCGCUAAACAGGCAAUUGUUGAUAUGGCGCGAGGCUCUUACGACUAUUUGCAACUACGCAUUGAUAUACCGGAAGAAACUAUUAAUUUAGUGUGUGCGGAGAAUAUUUCCUUAGAACAACUACCUGCGAAAGUUCCUAGCGAUACCGCUCGGUAUCAUUUGUACAAGUUCAAGCAUACUCAUGAGGGCGAUUAUACUGAAAGCAUAGUUUUUAUUUACUCAAUGCCGGGUUACAAUAUUACAGUAAAAGAAAGAAUGCUGUAUUCCAGCUGUAAAAUUCCCCUGACAUCAACCAUUACGGAGCUAGGGCUUGAAAUAAUUAAAAAAAUUGAAAUAGAUGCGGGCUCUGAACUUACGGAGCAGUUUCUUUAUGAAGAGCUUCAUCCUACCAACAGUUUGCAUCGGCCGAAGUUCGCAAAGCCAAAAGGCCCUCCUGGUCGAGGCCCCAAACGAAUGACCAAGAACCAGUAAACUUCCUUAACAGGACCUGUUUCCUAUUUGAGCGCCGUUUUCUAGCCUAGCUUUGUUUUAUCCUCAAGAAAUAAGUAUUCAAGCUCUUGCGACUUUAUUUACUAUAUAUUUUUGUACUAUUAUAUUUAUAUACUGUGCUCAGCUGAUGUUUACGGUUGGAGAAUAUGUAUGUGCUAAAGGGGAUGAGGAUCACUAAAUAAACGCUUUAAAGUUUUCAAUUAUUACAAGUAACUUAUGUUGUAAAAGCUGGCAUCCUGAAAACUGAUUCUUUUGAGUGCUAAAUUGUAGCAGUUCGUUUGGCUCCUUUCUGGACAAAUCGUUUUUCCGUGUACAACUUUUAUUGAACACUAUCGCAUUUGAUCCUCAUCCUAUUCGGCUUGAACUGUUUUAUUCUUAUUUAAAGCAGUGUUAAAUUGUUUUGGAAUAUAGUGUGUAUGCAAA